AUGAGAACUCAGAUUGCACUCAUUUUGUUUAUUUUGAUUUCGUGUUCAACCCACUCCCUGCGAUACUUCUACACAGCCACCACGGGGAUACCGACAUUCCCAGAGUUUGUGACUGUUGGCCUGGUGGAUGGAGAGCCUAUCUCAUACUAUGACAGCAACAUCCGCAGAGAGGUUCCCCGACAGGAGUGGAUGGCUGAGGAGGCUGAUUACUGGGAAGAGCAGACUCAGGCCUCCAUCAGUUCUGAGCAGAAUUUCAAGGCCAACAUUGGAAUUCUAAAGUCACGCUUUAAUCAGACAGGAGGUGUCCACAUUGUCCAGUUCAUGUACGGCUGUGAGUGGGACGAUGAGACUGGGAACAGAGAGGGAUUUGAACAGUAUGCAUAUGAUGGGGAAGACUUACUUUCAUUUGACAGGAAUGACAUGAGAUGGAUCACUCCUUCACCACAGGGAGCUCUCACUAAAAGCAAGUGGGACAGCGACAGAGGUUUGAAUGAAUAUACAAAGAACUACCUGACCCAGGAGUGCAUUGAUUGGCUGAAGAAGUAUGUGGGCUACGGGAGGAGCAGUCUGGAGCGCAAAGUCCCUCCUGAGGUCUCUGUAUUCCAGAAGGGUUCCUCUCCUGUCACCUGCCAUGCCACCGGCUUCUUCCCCAGUGGUAUCGUUAUGUCCUGGCAGAAAAAUGGAGAAGACCUGCAUGAGGACGUGGAGCUGGGAGAGACGCUGCCCAACGAUGACAGAACAUUCCAGAAGACGUCUCGCCUUGGAGUGAAGCCUGAAGGCUGGAAGAAAAACACCUACACCUGCAUCGUGCAGCACAGCGGUCUGGAGGAAGAUGUCAAGAGAGUGUUCACUGACAACAGUGGUCCUCCACUGGGCAUCAUCAUUGGUUGUGUUGUUGCUGUCCUUCUCCUUGGAGCUGUCAUCGGGGGCAUUGUUUGGAAGAAGAAGAAGGAUGGAGGCUAUGGGAAGACCAACACCUCAGAUACUGAUUCUGAGAACUCCGGCAACACUGCCCAAAAAGCCUGAGAGGCCCCUCCCAAACACACAG